UUCCACUCUCUGACUAAGCAUCGCGGGCGGUUUUGAAGAACCGUGCAAAAACCCAAACAGGCAAUAUCGAUUGCAUGCACGUUCCUUCUAUAGAGGAUCUAGAGAGCUGCAAUCAUCAUGACUCCCCAGCAUCCCUCCUCCGCCACCACCAUCUUCCUCGACCAGCCCCCGAGCUGCCUCCAAUUCCACCCCUCCUCUCCAAACCAUUUCCUCGUAGGCACCUAUCUCCUCUCCCAGCACAAAGACGACUCCGCCGACAGCAUACAACAAACCAAAACCGGCAGUCUGCAACUAUGGCAUUUGAAUCCUGCCACCAACGAACUAACUCUCCGUCAAAAAUACCCUGUUCCGUACGCGGUCUUCGACCUGCACUUCCACCCAACUGAUCCUACUCUCGCUGCCAUUGCCACCAGCGCAGCCUCGGUGGUAUUCUUCCGCAUUACUCCCCCUAGUGAGGGAGCGAGCGAGAGCGAGGGACCCUUCAUCACGGAACUGCACACGCAAUCCGUCCACGAAGAUCCCUCUAUCCCAGCACUCUAUCUCGCCUGGUUACCGCGGAACUGGCCUUCCAUUCCUAGUGAUGGUAACACCAAUGAUGACGGCUUCGCAGUCACGUUCUCCGACGGAAGAACCACCCUAUUCCAUCAUCCCUCUCCCUCCCCCUCCUCAUCCCCAACCCCAAUCACAGAGGGCGCCUCCUACCCCGCAACCCAAGAAAUCGAAGUCUGGUACGUAGCAGCAGCUACCUACCCUUCCUCCUCCUCAGAGUCCCAAAAAGAAGACCAAAAGGAGGUUGCGCCAUACCUCUUCACAGGCAACGACUUCGGCUCUCUGCACACCCGAUCUUUCACCCCCACAGAGCCAGAAACAUGUCUUCUCUCCCAUGACGACCGAGCCCGGCACCACACUGCCGGAGUCACAUCCAUCCUACCCCUCCCUGUUCCCAUGACUGAUGGCGCGCCGUGGUUGCUUACGGGUAGUUAUGAUGAGUCUCUGAGGGUGUAUCAUGCCUCCCGGCGGGGGGAGGUCCUUGGGGAGGUGGGGCUGGGGGGUGGGGUUUGGAGGUUACAGAUCUUGUCGACUACGAAUACCUCCUCUUCGGAUGGGGCGGAGUGGGAGUUUUUGGUGCUGGCGAGUUGUAUGCAUGCGGGGACGAGGGUGGUGAGGGUGCGGAUGGUUCCCGGGGAAAGUUGUGAGAUGGAGGUGGUGGCGGAAUUUACGGAGCAUGAGAGUAUGAAUUAUGCGUCGGAUGUGUGGAAGCCCAAGGGAGGGUAUGAGUUGCAAGGGGUAGAGGAUGGGGAAUUGUUGUGUGUGUCUAGUAGCUUCUAUGAUCGGAGGGUUUGCGUGUGGCGGGUGAAUGUAUGAUUGCAUGAUUAUCUGAUUGUAUGAUUCUACAGGAAAACGGGGGUUCAAAGUAAGGUGUAGAGGAAGUCGUGAGAUGCGCUGAAGGGUCAUGAUGCAGAGUGAUAACAACAGGUAUACAAACAAAACAAGCCCCGCCCGGAACCCAAUUGAAAUCUAAAUUCAAAUCCAACAAACUAGACGAUCGUCUCCAGCUCGCGCGCAUAGCCGAUCGCAUUCUCGAUGAUCGUGCCGCUAGCCACGAGAAUAUCCUU